UGUAGCUCUUAUCGUUGUAUCCGCGUGUAAUUCGGGGAGACGACAUACCUGCUAGCACAUAUUUAGGCAGUUUGCAGUAGCUCUCCAACAGCUGUAAGUCGACCUCGUACAUCCUGUGCUUUUGCGUCACUGCGGUGAGGGGUGCCCUUCUCUGCGUCUUCCACUACAUCAUCUCGUGCUAAUCCUUCGCGACUCCUGUGAUCUUGUCGCCAUGCCGCCUCACACGGACUUUGCAGUCAAGGACCCUUACACCUAUCUCCAUGGCCUUGGCAACUACCAUUCCUCUGAGGCCCUCCCCGGCGCUGUCCCGCUGGUCAACAACUCGCCGCAGAUCCCGCCGCUGAACCUGCGGACCGAGCGCAUCAGCGGCACCGCCUUCACCGCGGACCGCGACAAGAACAAGCAGACAUUUCUCUACCGCGCCAACCCGUCCCUCGAGCACAGCGAGUUCGUGCCCCUCGACGUCUCGUCCGGCUACGGCCCGGACUCGGCCAACGUGCCCAGGCACCUCAACCCCAACAGCGUCAUGUGGGGCGACGUCCCCGUGCCCGGCGCCGGUGCCACACACUGGAUCAACGGGCAGCAGCUCGUGGGUGCCAACGGCGAGCCGCAGCGCAAGGAGGGCAUCGCGGUGUGGCUGUUCAGCGUGACCGAGUCCAUGCCGCCGCGGCACGCCUUUGCCUCGCUGGACGGCGAGCUGCUCGUGGUCCCGCAGUCGGGCAGCCUCGACAUCACGACCGAGCUGGGGCGCCUGGUCGUGCGGCAGAACGAGAUUGCCGUUAUCCCGCGCGGCGUGCGGCACCGGGUUGCGCUCGUCGGGGAGCAGAGACCGUGCAGGGGCUACAUCUGUGAGCUGUUCCAGGGCCACUUCCAGCUGCCUGCCCUGGGCGUUCUCGGGUCCACGGGCCUCGCCAACGCGCGCGACUUUGAGAUACCCACGGCCUACUUUGAUGGGGAGCUCGUCGAGGGCAGGGCCGUGCCUCAUCAUCAUCAUCAUCACGACCACAACCACCACAUCGGCAACACAGCAGAGGAGGACGACAAGGACGACGGCAGGUGGACCAUCAUCGUCCGCCUGGCCACGCGGCGCUGGCACUGCACGCAGCCGCACACGCCCUUUGACGUGGCCGGCUGGCACGGCACGUGCUACCCGUACAAGUACGACCUGGCCAAGUUCUGCGUCAUGGGCAACCUGCUCUUUGACGAGCACGACCCGAGCCUCUUCACCGUGCUCUCCGCGCCCAACCACGCCGCCGGCCCGGGCACCGCCGUCGCCGACUUUGCCGUCAUCCCGCCCCGGUACAUGGUCGCCGAGCAGACGCUGUGGCUGCCGUACUUCCACCGCAACACGAUGCAGGAGUUCUUUGCGCCCAUCGUGAGCGCCCAGGACCCGCGGCAUCCCUUUAACCAGAAUGCCGGUGGUGGCGGUGGUGGUGGUGGUGGCAACAACAAUAAGAGCAGCAACAGCAACAGGUUCCUGCCCUUCACCGCAGGCCUGCAUGGCGCGAUGAGCACGCACGGCCCCGCCCAGCAGGAGCUGCGUGCCAUGCGGGCGCUCGACACGACAAUCCCGCGCAAGGUCGGUGACGAGCUCGGCGGCGUCACCGUGUUCCUCUUUGAAACGGAGCGGCCCCUCGUGCUGACGGACUGGGCGUACGAGCACGCGGUCAAGAACCCGCAGGCCACCGCGAAGGCACGGGCUGCCAAGAUGUGAAAGCUGGGCAGAAGGGAGGGAAGGCAAGAAAGGGAUAGCAAAGGGGUAGCAACAGUCUAGUUGAUAUCCUUGGACGGGAUUUUGUAACAAGUGGAAAGUUGAGGUCGAGGCUUCGAAGGCCAAGUUACAAGGAUGAGGAAAUAUCCAUGCAACUGCGGCGUGAGGCCUUCUGUACUUUUUCAGCAUGGUGAAUACUUGAUCAUCAGCAGAAUGUGUUGUACUUAUUACUUCCAGGACGGAAUCUCAUUCCUUUUCACGUUUUGAAGGGGGAGAGACCGAGC